AUGUCUAAGUUUGAGGUUCCUUUAUUUGAUGGUAAAAUUAAUUUUAUGUUAUGGCGAAGUACAAUACAAGACCUUUUGGUACAGCAAGGUCUUGAUCAGGCAUUAGAAGAGAGUAAGCCAGAGAAGAUGUCUGAUAAAGAAUGGAAUAGAAUUCAGAGGAGAGCUGUUAGUACAAUAAGAUUGGCCUUAGCUCCAGAGACAAAGUACAUCAUGUUGAUUGAGUCUACACCAAAGGGUUUGUGGGAAAAAUUGGAGGGUAUUUAUGCGUCAAAAUCGUUGACUAAUAGACUGUGUUUGAAGAUGGAUUUGUAUUCUUUAAAGAUGGAUGAAGGCAGAUCUACUUUAAAAUUAGAUGAUGUGAUUGCCUUGUUGUGUGAGAAUGAAAGGUUUAUGGGAUCAGAGAACUCAUCACUUAGAGGAGAUCUACUAGUUGCAGAAGGUUCUAAUUUAGGGAGGACUCAAGAGAGAGAUUGUUUUGUUGAAUUGAAAAAAGAUGAAAAUUAUGGAAAUAUUGUUGUUGGUAAUAACGAGAAAGUGAAGAUUGAAGGUGUUGGUAGCGUUCGUCUCAAGCUUCACAAUGGUGUUGUCAAGAAGCUAGCUUCAUCAUAUAAGAAAUCAAGAGAUAAAGUUGUUCAAGUUCCUGUUGUGAAAGAAAAGAAGACUAUCAAGCGAGUAAGAUUUUCAGAUGCUACUGUGAUGUUUGGGGAUUGA